UUACGUGUGUUCUCUUCUAGUCGAGAUUUGUGUGUAAUCUGUAGAAAACAGAGAAAGGAAAUGGCGAAUAGAGAGAGAGUGAGAAAAGCAGAGGAACUUAUGGAAAGAGUAAUGAAGGGGAACGACGCUUCCCAUGAUGCUUUUCAUGUCUGGAGGGUCAGGGACCUAGCUCUCUGCCUCGCACGGGAGGAAGGCCUCUCCUCCAACCCUGACUCCAUGGAAAUCGUGGAGCUUGCUGCACUUCUGCACGAUAUAGAGGACUACAAAUAUUUGAGGGAUCAAUCAGAAGGAAGAAUACUUGAAACUUUUCUUGACGAAGUGGAGUUAGAAAAGAGUAAGAAGAAGAAGAUAUUAGAGAUCAUCAAGGGAAUGGGUUUCAAGGAGGAAGUUUCUGGGAUUGUGAAUUUUGAAAAGUGUCCAGAAUUUGGGGUUGUCCAAGAUGCUGAUCGUCUUGAUGCAAUUGGUGCCAUAGGAAUUGCUCGUUGCUUCACUUUUGGUGGAAGCAGGAACAGAGUUCUUCAUGAUCCUGCCAUUCAUCCAAGAUCAGAUCUAUCCAAGGAACAAUACAUGAAGAAAGAGGACCAGACUACUGUGAAUCACUUUCACGAGAAGCUUUUCAAGUUGAAGGAUUUGAUGAAAACAGAGGCCGGUAAAAGGAGGGCUGAGAAAAGGCAUAAGUUCAUGGAGCAAUUCUUGAAAGAGUUUUAUGAUGAGUGGGAUGGAACGGCUUGACCGGUAUGGUCCUUAUCUACUGCAUACUAGCUGCUGGCAACCCUUUGCCUAUAGUUUUAUGUUAUAUCUGUAUCAUAACGUAGCUGCAUCACGUACGCUUAGAGGGUCUUUGUUUAAUUCUUAAUCUAUCAACGGUUCUAAUACCGUACCUAAUGGAUUGCCACUUUGAUAUGCCAUCCAUAAAUUUUAUUAAGGAAGUUGAAUUUUGUUAUACUCGA